AUGGCGUCAUCCUACAACGGCCCUCAAAAUGUGCAGACUUUCGAGCACUUCGCACAGGAGAGACUCGAUGAGGACGUUGAGUCUAGCACCAGCGUUUCAUCACACGCUAAAGAGUUACCUCUUCGUACGUCCUUGGUCCGAGAUUCAAUGAAGAAGAAAAUCUUCGCAUACAUGGACAAGGGCGACAGAAGCGCAGAUAUCGAACUCAAAAGCGGCCUCUCGCACCCGAGAGUCAAGCAUUAUAGACGUAUGUGGAAGGACGAGAGGCAUGAUCCUCGUCUUCGGUCCAAGAAGAGGUUGAGAAGGAAGGCACGGAGCCGAGUACCAUCGUAUGAGCCAUUUCAGCUUCCCCUACGAUUAAAGUCAGCCUGUGAUGAAAAGCCCGAAUUAUUCCAAGUCGGCAAGAGCGUCGGAGACAAAAAGGCAAGCAAAAGCACCGUGCCGCCAGGGGACUAA